CUCAACCUCGUUGACCGAGAAUAGAGAGGUGGCGUGACUAGUCUUUCCUCGUGAACUGUACAGUGCUCUACGAAAGCGACGGGUGCGCGACGUCAGGCAGGACGGAUAUGCGCCCCUGCGUACCCUGUGGGCCAGUCCACGUCUAGUUCUCGGCCCGUCUCUUUCCCAAUCUCCUCCCCUCUCGAGCCCUGCCAACUCGGAUACAGGCGAAAUGAUAACGCGACCGGAGGCCGUGCGCACCUCUCCUACGACUUUUCAACAAGGCUGUUCCGCCCAUCCGCAGAAUGGCCCGCCGGCCUUUGUAGGAGCCAUAGGAGGGACAAGCGACGAGGGGGACGGUAUUUAUAACACCCUCUCUCCUCAACUUCGGGUAUUACCAACUGCAUAUACUUGUGAGAUUGUCAAACUGCAUAGAGCUGCUGCAGCAGUUGACUUCUACGUGUCUUACCUUUAUUCAUUGGAGGCUGCCGAUUUCGAAAGCAUCAACUAGAAGAUGGCGACGCAGCCUUUACCCACCGACGAAAAUGUCAACCCAUUCCUUGCAUCGCACGACGAGGCAUAUCCAGAGCCCUCCCGACUGCAAACAGCGAGGCCGACGAUUUCUAUUACCGCUCCCGCCACAU